CAUGUAGCUCCCUGGCGCCAGAGGACCUCCUGACUGUGAUGAGUUUUGACUCCUGUCACCUUUGGGUGUCGUCAAGAUCCUAUGACAUGGGCAGUAUUUUUUACUUUUUCUUUUUUUUUAGGAGACGGUGACCACUGUCCCCACCGGUGAAGAAAGCAGUGAGGAGACUAUGGGGAACAUUUCUGGACAGAAUCAAGGCAAGAGGUUUGCUGUAGGUAAAAAUGUUGAGCCUCCUUGAACUUGGAAACUGCAGCUGAUGAAAGACUCACUUACUAAAGGCCACAGUUUUGCCUGGGUCACAGUAUUCCUGCCUCCUCCUGUACCUCAACGCCACCACUUGGAUUUAAAUCUUCUUCACCUGAUAUCUAAUCCAAGAUUUCUGGGAAUUUGGUAAGAAGGUGUCUACAUAUUAUUUCUAUCUGUGUAGCUACAACCCAUUAAAACAGAUGAGAGAAAUAUCAGAUCUAAUAUAGAAAUCUAAUGUUAGAUAACAACAUGGAGUUCUGUUCUGUGUGACUGAGCAGUGCAGGGAUGGCAGAUGGAUGCAUGAAACAAAUGGACAAAAGAAAGAAAAAAUAGACGUGUUUGAAUGAGAUCCACUGUGUUGCUGUGCUGAAUGUGCGGAGAUAUUGGUGUCAGGAGGCCUUUCCGACGCAGUGACAUAGGCCUGAACUCACUGUGAUAUAACCACUGAUUAUAUUUAACAUGACAUGUAACAUUUAUCACUGCGUAAAGAGGGUAAAAUGCAAAAAAAAAGAAUGAAAAGCACCACCACGAUGCAAUUAAAAAAUGAAAAUAGAACGAAAAGGGUCUAUUUGCGAUCUUUUCCAUUAGACUCUUACGCACAGAACACCUGUUUAUUCUCACUAAAGUACAAAUUCACUAUGAGGAACGGGAAAAAAAACGUGUCCAGACUUUCUAUUUUUUUCAUGUUAUAAAUGAUUUAAACGUGCCUAUAAGCCAGACGUGUUGCUUACACAGCAUGGUCUACAAUUGUUAUUUCCAGCUCUCCGUUUAAGCGAUCCAAAACUCGUUCAUGUUUUAUUGAUGCGCGCUUCCUAGAGGAAAAAAAAAAAGAAAGUAUUGCAGUCCUUGUAAAUUUAGAUUGGGACGAGAAGCCUGCAGGAAUGAAAUAUUCACAUGCAGCUAAAUAUUUCAGGCCAGCACCUUGUCAGUCGCCUUCACAAUUUACUUCCACUGCUUCAUCUGAUGGAGCUCUUAUCCUUUAUUUACUGCUUGGUGUUAAAAUAUGGUUGAAUGAUUGGCGACCUCGACAGUCAGAAGUUAACUUAAUAAUUUUUUCAUUUUAUUUUAUUUUAUUAACAUUUCUCCUCCAUUAAAUGCCAGAAAAUUUCUAAAGAUGACGCAGCCUAUUUGUUUUAAACCAAGCAGGCAUAUUUUUUUGGAUGUAUUUUCCCCAUCAGCAUUAAGUGAUGAUAUUCAAAUUCUUGAUUGUUAAGGUUUUUUUAUUUUUAAUGCGUAAUGAAGAUGCGUUCUCCAUUAAGAGAAUGAACAGCUUCAUGUGCAGAAGGCAUUUCAUAACCACCGCAUCAAGAGUCCACGUAUAAUUCAUGCAAAAAAACCCGAAGGGGAUUCAAGCUCGAGUGUGUGGUGCGUGCAUGAGUGCGCAUGCAUGAGAAAUAGAGAGGAAGAGAGAGAGAGAGAGAGGGAGGAGGAGGGGGGUAUCUGUGAAAAUAAUAUCAGGCUUUUCCGUCAGAAUGAACUUUACUACUGUAUCCAGCCAUGAAAUAAUCUGACCCGACACUUCAAACCAUCUGCGCUAUCUAUCCGCCCUCUUAUUUACUAAAUCAGCCUGUGCACAAAACGGAGUGUGUCUGAUACUAAACCCGAGUAGCCUGGCGGGGCCACGAUAAUCCUAUAUACACAAAUAUUUCUCCCUCUGCCGUGUUUUACAGACUCCACGCAAACGCCCUGAGCUGGAGCUGCCGGCACUGAUACUGUAAAAUAAAAAAAAUAAAUUAAAAAAAAACAAAAACGUGCGUAAAAAUCUCCUGUCAGUGCGCACAUCUCACACACACAGCCAUCAUUUAGCCUGUGUUUUAAACUAGAAAAGAGCAUUUAUUCAUGUCCGAUAUAAAGGAGCAUACAUCACCAUGACUUGUGCGCUGAUCUGAUUAAAUAUGACUGAUAAAUAAAGAUUUUUGUGAGGUCGAGGCAAAAAAAUUAAAAAACAAAAAUGUGGGAAGCCUCGACUAAGUGUUCAAGGUUGCGAAGAUGAGUUCGUUGGCUGCAAAUUCACAGUCCUGUUGAAAUGUUGAAACAAAAGCCACAUUCAAUCAUUUCUACAGUUCGAAUUUGACAUAUGACUUAAGAUGUGUUGACAAAAAUGAUUUUUUUUCUUAAAAUCACAACGCAAACAUUUAGAUUUUAUAACCCAUCCAAUAAGACAAUUACAGGCCUGGUGAGACUAGAGAGCCUAUCAGAAGUGAGGCUGUAGGGAAAAAAAACAGUAAAGACAGUGUUCACAGCUACAGAUAUGAGGGCAUGUUGUCUAAAAUGUACAUAUAGACCUACUGUGUAGUAUUAGUGAUUUUUACCUCGGGGCAGGAUAGUCUAUAGUCAGCGAGGAUGUGUCAUUUUGUCUGUUUCAAGAGCUCUGAAGGGAGACUGUGCUGAGCGUGUUUGUCUGUUCCGGCACUUCACUAUGCGCACUGAAGAGUCUUUCUUCCACACAAAGGCGCAGGGUGUUUGGGAAGCACGGUGGGGCAGCUAAACGUUUGAAGACGCGAAGCAAAAAGGUCAAAAUGUUUAUAUUAUUUCUGAAAAGGGAGGUGCUGAGAUCUCCUUUACGCCCGAUUGGCCGAACUUGACAGUGAUUGACGUGCAUCCAUGGCAACCGGGCAGCCAAUCUGCCAAGUCCAAUAGGAAAUCAUCGGAGGGGGCUUGACUGUCUUUUUCUCCCCCCCUUAAAAAUACAUCUCAGCUCCGGCUUUAAUUCUUUCCUACACUCAAUCCCCAGCCUACCUAGAAAAAUACAUCGCCGCUCCGGCUUUAAUUUUUUGGUCUUGCACCUUCAGCCCUUUGCCUGCCAAGUUUGCCCAGCCCGAGGAUGCGGUAGCCAGGCCCCCUCCGCGCACCAUCGUCCCUCCUCCGCGGCGCUCGGCGUGUGCGCUUUUCUCACCACUGGUCAGACGAUUGGUUCGGUAACUUUGGGAUUUGCCUCGUUUUUUCGGGCGUCUUGGAUUGCCUUGGCGCACGGAGCGAAGAAGCGGAGGACUCGACGCGGAGGAGAGGGGAGAGAGAGAGAGAGAGCGAGCGAGGAGAGAGAAAGGAGGGGGAGAGGGGAAACACAGGAGAAGCCUCCAUGUUUCAGCUGCCCAUCUUGAAUUUCAGCCCCCAGCAGGUCGCCGGGGUCUGCGAGACUCUGGAGGAGAGCGGCGACGUCGAGCGCCUGGGCCGCUUCCUCUGGUCGCUGCCCGUCGCUCCGGCGGCCUGCGAGGUCCUCAACAAGAACGAGUCGGUGCUGAGGGCCCGCGCCGUCGUCGCCUUCCACACCGGCAAUUUCCGUGAACUCUACCACAUCCUAGAGAACCACAAGUUCACCAAAGAGUCGCACACGAAGCUGCAGGCGCUGUGGCUCGAAGCGCACUACCAGGAGGCUGAGAAGCUGCGGGGCCGCCCGCUGGGGCCGGUGGACAAAUACAGGGUGAGGAAGAAGUUUCCCCUUCCCAGAACCAUCUGGGAUGGAGAGCAGAAAACCCACUGCUUCAAGGAGAGAACCCGGCACUUGCUAAGAGAAUGGUAUUUGCAGGAUCCCUACCCAAAUCCUAGUAAAAAGAGGGAGCUUGCACAGGCUACUGGACUUACACCCACACAAGUAGGAAACUGGUUCAAAAAUCGCAGACAAAGAGACAGAGCGGCGGCUGCGAAGAACAGGCUCCAGCAGCAGGUCCUGUCCGGCGGCUCGGUUCGCUCUCUGGCGGACGAGGACGGCACCGUAGACCGCCUGGGGAACUCGUCCAGUCCGGAGGCCAGUCUGUCCAGCAAAGCAGCCGCCUCGGCCAUCUCCAUCACCUCCAGCGACAGUGAAUGUGACAUCUGACGGGCAGAACGAAGGGUGUUAAUGAAUUGAAGGAGAUACGAGUGAAAGACAAUCUAAUAAAACAAGUCAUAGUGCCUGCGUUGAGUUUAAAAAAAACAAACAAAACAUAAACCUAAACAACAAAAACACACACACAAACUGAUAUUUGCCGGCUGCCAAAACACGAGGAUGAUCUGUGAUCUGCGGCGGACUGCAUCCUUAUCCUUCUUAGGCCUGUACUUUUUUUUUUGUUUUGCGUUUUACCCACGUGUGGAUAACUGAACUUAAUACGGACGAAACACAUUUCACGGACUAAUAAUCCAACGCUACGAGAAGAAACGUUAAAAAAAGAAGAAAAAUAAAAAACGAGAAAAAAAGGAAAAAGGGAUGAGGGCAUCCAAACGCGCCUAACCUGCUGUUCUAUGUGGGUAUUUCAUGUUGAAAAAGAACUGUGAUAUUUUUACUUUACUUUCAAAGUUUUAUAAAUAAUGUUUAUUUGCCUAUUUAAAAACGAUCUGCUCUGUCUCUUCGAAUUUCAUAUUCAUUUGCUUGGUGUUUUUAAUACUUACCUUGUACACAGGUAAACCUGUUGAGCAUGCGCGCUUUAGUGAAAAUGUGUUUCAGUAAAAGAAAAAAAAACAGUAAAGAUAACUUAAUAAAAUAAUUGUUGAUGAAGAGA